GGCAGGCCAGACAGCAGCUCAGGUGGGUGGGCAGGGCCUCCACUGCCGAUGGUGUGGGGCAGUCUCGACCGACCUGCUGGGGCAGCUGGACCCUGGAGACUAGGUGAGUCCAGGGCAAUAGCCAGAAUCACAGGGCGGCCCCCACUGCCCCUCUCCUCUCUGGGUCCCGCCAGAGACUCGCUGUGGCUAGCUGGUCCAGUGCCUGGCUCCUGGGGCUCUGGGUCCGGCCAGCACUUUCAUUGGGGGCCCAUCCCCCACCUGAGUUCUGGCUUCACUCUCAGCAGACCCCAUGGGGCACCACCUGUGUCCUGGGGCUCCUGUGCAGGGGGUGCCUGCAGGGCUCCUGGCUCAUGGGGUGCCAGGCAGCAGCUGGGCCUCCCUGCCGGGGUGGGGGCUCCCCAUGUUCCAGGGCAGGCAGGCUUUUGGACAGUGCCUGCCCCCAGGCCCGAGUCUCCUACAUGGGGAGCUGCAGAGCUGGGCCCACACGCUCCAGGGGCUACGGCGCUGGGCUGGGGAGAGCGGAAACUUUUCCUUUUCUUUUCUCCUUUGUCACCAGCAUGCAGAGCAGCCGCCAAGGUGAUGCAGGUGGGACCGACAUGGCUGUGGUGCCCAGCAGGCAUGCGCCACCAGGGCCGCGCUGGGCUGGGUCUCUGCAGCCAGGUCUGCGUCCUUCUUGGCCAUCGGAGCCCCCCACCCCCGUGCAUCCUGUGCCAUGUCUUCCUGGGGCAUUGCCUGGGAUGGCCGUGUGGCUCCCUGGAGGCCAGGCCAAGCUUUCUCCCAGGUCCUCCUGUCCACACUGCUCAUCUCCACGGAUGCCUGGACGGACUCACGGUGACACAGACGCCUGGCAUGGGUGCCUAUCUUGGACCUGCUUAUGUCAACACAAAUCCACCUUGUUGGUACAACAUUUUGUUCAAGGGCCGAAGGAGCAAAGCGGAGCCAAAUAGCAAACCAUCUGCACUUUCAGGUUCCCUCCACAGCCGUUUUAAGACCCCUUACCCCGUGAGGGUGGGCAUGGCUCUGCAUGUGCAGGGAAGAAGCUGGACCCAGCUACUGAGUGGCCACUUCAGGAUUUAGCCCUCAUGCUCUUCUGCUCAGAGUCCUUGGCAUUUCUACAGCAUGGUCAGGGUGUCCUUGGCAAAGAAGCUUGAAGUCUAGAAUCACUGAUCGCUCAGGGGCACCAUUUACUAAGCCCAGAGAAAUGCCUCUCAGACAGAUCUGCCAGCAAGCGCCCCUGAGGGCUCUGCCCAGCUCUGCUUGGAGGGACCCUAGAGCCCUGAGUCAAGGCAGUUCAGAGACUGGUCAUGGCAGUGCCACUGCUUUCUAGGGACCUAGCACCCCCUCUCUCCCGGGGGUCCAUAGGUAGCUUCCAUGAUCUACAAAUAAAGCACCUGCCCCAGCCUGUUUCCUGAAUUCAAAACCUGUGAGACUGCAGAACUGGCUGGUGGAUGAAAAACAACCUGGCCCUCUGGGCAGAGCGUCAGCACCACGGACAGCGCCACGGACAGCCUCAGCAAUGGCCACAGGGAGAGCGCCACGCCGCAACCCAGCCGUGGACCAACGUGUCAGAACCACGGACAGCGCCACAGACAGCCACGCGCCGCGGCCGUACAGGGCGUCAGCACCAAGGACAGAGACAUCAGCUGCAUCAGCACCGCGGACAGCCCCCGCGCCUCCCGGAGGGGAAGCCGAGGGGGAGGCCUGGGGCUAGGGUGCAGCUUUCUGCCUGGGGAAGGAUAGAGAAGAGGCUUUGUGUUUGCUCAAUGACUCUGUUUUGGUUCUUCUUUCACCAAAAGUCUAAGAGCACGUGGGCAGGGGCUCACCUGUUGUUUGGGUUCUCCCUUCUCUGUUGUCAACAACGUCUACAAAGAGGCAGACAAAGGCAAGUUUGCUAAAAAAAUAAAUAAAAAUAAAAGA